GAUAGCUUUGGGAAAAUAUGGAAUAACAGCACACUAUCAAAGAUUGUGGAAAAGAAAAUUCUUGAUCAUGCAAUUGAAAUUAUUAUUACUUUUGAUGACUAUGGUGUAUCGGGUCAUUGUAAUCACCGUGAUGUACACCAUGGAGUGCGAAAAUUCAUGCUUGAUACUUCACUUCGAGAACUUGAAGCCUGGGAACUCGUCAGUACAAAUAUAAUUCGCAAGUAUUGCAGGCCAAUUGAUAUUUGGUUGUCCUUAUGGAGCGCCCAGAAUUCUUAUAAUGAACGUAUGCAUUGCUUGCUGAAUGAACAUCCCCUUAGAAGCUAUGCUGCAAUGUCCGAGCACCUGAGCCAAUGGGUCUGGUUCCAGAAGCUUUUUGUUUCAUUUUCUAGUUAUACAUACGUGAACACUUUGAGGAAGAUUAUGGUAUAGGCAAGUUUUGAUGAGAAAACGGAGGUGGUAAGAUCUCUCUUGUAGUGUUGUCGACUUGUCGCCACUUGUCAGCCAGGACAACCCAUUCUUUGAACUCAUGUUCCCACUUAAUAUUGUCUGAGAAGUUUAUUCCACAAAUACAGUAAUAUGUAACCUUUUCUACAGGUCCGUUAUUAUUAUUUAUUACAGUAUUAUCUUUUUUAAAGUUUUCUUUUGUCUAUU